AUGUCGACUUCAAAAGCCGAGGACGUCCGCUGCGUCACCUGCUGCGGCCAUGUCGACCAUGGCAAGACCACAGUCAUGGACGCGCUCCUCGCUGCGAACAACAUCAUCUCGCAAAGAAUGGCCGGAAAGCUGCGCUACCUGGACAGUCGAGAGGACGAGCAGGAGCGAGGGAUUACCAUGGAGAGUAGUGCCGUCUCGCUCAAGUUCCAGGUCAAGGAGGGAGGAAGCUCGCUGAGGACGUAUAUAAUCAAUAUGAUCGAUACACCUGGACAUGUAGAUUUCUCCAGUGAGGUCUCUACUGCAUCCCGGCUUGUGGACGGGGCUCUUGUACUUGUGGAUGCUGUGGAGGGCGUAUGCACGCAGACCAUCGCCGUCCUCCGACAGGCCUGGCAAGACCGCCUCAAGCCCAUCCUCGUCAUCAACAAAAUUGACCGGCUCAUCACCGAGCUCAAGCUUGCGCCCGUCGAGGCCUACCACCACCUCGCGCAGCUCAUUGAGCAGGUCAACGCCGUCAUGGGCGGCUUCUUCGCCUCGGAGCGCAUGGAGGACGACCUGCGCUGGCGCGAGGAGCGCGAGCGGCGGCUCGCGUCCAAGAAGGAGGCGCACGCGGCGGAGGCGGACGCGAUAGUCAACGAGGGCGAGGAGUUCCAGGAGAAGGACGACGAGGACAUCUAUUUCGCGCCAGAGAGGGGCAAUGUGAUCUUUGCGAGCGCCAUUGACGGGUGGGGGUUCCGUGUGGGCAAGUUCGCGCAGUUGUUCGCGGCGAAGCUGGGGAUCAAGGAGGGGAAUUUGAGGAGGGUGCUUUGGGGCGAUUUUUAUUUGGACCCCAAGACGAAGCGCGUCAUCAGUCAUAAACAUCUGCGCGGGCGGGCACUGAAGCCGCUGUUCGUGCAGUUUGUGCUGGAGAAUCUGUGGGCCGUGUACGAUGCCGUGUCGCUCAACCCGAACCCAGAAAAGGUGAAUAAGAUCGUCACAUCGCUCAACCUCAAAAUCCCGCCCCGCGACCUCAAGUCGAAAGACGCGCGACAGCUGCUCUCGCAGAUCCUCACGCAAUGGCUGCCGCUUUCCACGGGUAUCAUCCAGGCGGUCAUCGACGUCGUCCCGCCGCCCUCCGAGUCGCAGCGCUUGCGCAUCCCCAAGAUGCUCUACCCGGACCUGCACGAGGCGACCGUCGCGCCUAAGUCAAAGUUGGAGGAGAAUCUGUACGCGUGCGAUGCGCGGGAGAGGGCGGCGGUGGUUGCGUAUGUGAGCAAGAUGUUCGUCUUGCCGGAUCGGGAGCUGCCUGAGAAUAAGGCGCGGCCCUUGACGGCGGAGGAGAUGAGGGCGCGCGCGAGGCAGGCGCGGGAGGCGAGGGAGAGGGCGGGGCAGCCGGCGGAGGCGAACGGUACCCCUAUCGAGGCGAAUGGGAACGGUAGUGGGGAGGAGAAGAAGGGGACGGAGGCGAUGCAGGAACCGGGGCCGGGGAAUGUAGAGGACGAUGGGGAGGCGGUGUUGGGUUUUGCGCGGCUUUAUUCGGGGGUUAUCAAGCGCGGUAAGGAUGUGAGGUGUGUCUUGCCGAAGUACGAUAAUGCCCUGGGCCCCUCCCAUCCAAGGAAUCGGAAGAGAGUGUUGGAGGCGCACGUGGAGGGGCUUUACUUGAUUAUGGGGAGGGAGCUGGUCCCGGUGGAGAGCGUGAGGGCGGGGAACGUGUUUGCCAUCCGGGGACUCGAGGGGAAGGUGUGGAGGAGCGCGACGAUAUGUGCGCCUGGAGAGGGAGAAACGGAUGUCGACGGGUGUUUGGUGAACCUUGGGGCGGUAUACCAAAACGCCGCGCCGAUUGUGAGAAUAGCGGUGGAGCCGGAGUCGCCUGCGGAUAUGCCGAAAUUGGUGCGCGGGUUGAAGCUGCUAAGCCAGGCGGACCCCUGCGUGGAGACGUUCCAGCAGCAGACAGGCGAGCACGUUAUCUUGGGCGCGGGCGAGCUGCAUUUGGAGAGGUGCUUGCGGGAUCUGAAGGAUCGGUUCGCGGGUGUUGCGAUACACGGGUCGGCGCCGAUCGUGCCUUUCAGAGAGACGGCGGUGAAGGGCGUGGACAUGCCACCGCCCAAGUUCGCCCCGGCGAAGCGGGGCACGAUCAAAGGCGCAACAAUCCACAAUCUCGUGAAGUUUACGAUACGCGCGGCCCCGCUGCCGAAGCCGCUGCACGAUUUCAUUCUGGACAAUCUCAUGAUCCUGAAGCGCAUACAGCGCGAGCGUAAGUCGCAAGGGGAGGAGGAGGCGGAGGAAGAGGAGGAAGUGGGGCUGCAGGACGAGGUGUAUAGGAAGCCGACGGUGAAGCCGGAGAAUUUUUGGACAAGUUUGAAGGAGGAGUGUGUGAAGGUGGGGGGCGAGUGGGCGGAUGUCGCGGACAGGAUAUGGGCGUUUGGGCCGCAGGGCGCGGGGGCGUGCAUCCUCGUGGAUACGAGGUGGCCGGUCAGUCCGAAUUCGUUGCGUAGGAGGAUGGACAGGUUGAGGGCGGGUGAGGAUAAGGAAGUGCAGAGUGCAGCGGAGCAGUCGAUGCGAGACUUGGAGGGACAUGUCGAGACUGGGUUCCAGUUUGCGACGUUCCAAGGGCCACUGUGCGCGGAGCCGGUUGAAGGUCUCGCCUACUUCCUGGAAAGUUUCGAGGUGGAUGAGAACCGGAUCGAAGAAGAAAAACAGCAUAACAGGAUUGCACAAGUUACUGGGUCGUUGAUCUCUGCUGUGAGGGAGGCGUGUAGAAAUGGUCUGCUGGACUGGUCACCCCGUCUGAUGCUCGCAAUGUAUACAUGCGACAUCCAAGCUUCUACUGAGGUGCUGGGCAAGGUGUACGGCGUUGUGGCUCGCCGACGAGGGCGUAUUGUAUCUGAAGAAAUGAAGGAAGGCACGUCAUUCUUCAGCAUAAGAGCGCUGCUACCUGUCGUGGAGAGUUUUGGGUUCGCAGACGAUAUCCGGAAACGGACUUCCGGAGCUGCCAGUCCUCAACUGAUCUUUAGCGGCUACGAGUUGUUGGAUCAGGAUCCGUUCUGGGUACCCACGACUGAGGAGGAGCUCGAGGAUCUCGGUGACAAGGCUGACCGGUCGAAUGUGGCAAAGACCUACAUGGAUGCGGUGCGAGAACGCAAGGGGAUGUUUGUGGACAGAAAAAUUGUCGAGUUUGCGGAGAAACAGAGGACGCUCAAACGAUAAAUAUAUAGUUGUAGAGCGUUGUGUAUGUUACCAGAUUUGCAAUGCAGUGGUCAGUCCGGAAAGGUUCACCUUU